AUGGGUUCAAGAAUGUACCAGUUGCUGCUGCUGGGCAUAUUCAUUGUGCUCUUCAUGGAUGAAGAUAUUCGAAAUUGCUAUGUCUGUGAUUACUUUGAUGGAUAUCAAUGCCGUGGAACCAUGAAAGCUUGUUGGAAGUUUAAUGUGCUAAUACAGAACAGGACCUGUACAACAGAUCACUACUACUUUAGUGAUCGUAAUACAGGAAGAUAUUUGUAUCGUUAUACAAAGCUAUCCUGUCGGUCUUGUGAGGCAGGAAUGUUCCAGGCGUUCCAUGAUCUCCUGAGAGAAACAUUUUGUUGCACUAAUGAUGACAUGUGUAAUGAUGGCAGACAAAAUGAAGACUUUGGAGUUUUCAUUGACCCAGAUGAUGCAGAAGUUUAA